AUGAACAACUCGCAGAUCCUAGCCGUGUACAAAGCUACCACAAACCAUGUGAGCCUGCACUUAUGGGAUUGACCGCUGGAUGCCCGCUACGCUCUUGGGCCGCUUGACCGCUAAGCUUGUAGACCGCUUGACCACUAAGCUUGUGGACCGCUAGACCGCUUAACUUGUGCACCGCUAAACUCGUGGGGCGCUCAACUGCUAAGCUUGUGAACCGCUUGACCGCUAUGCUUGUGAACUGCUUGACCGCUACGCUUGUGAACCGCUUGACCGCUACGCUUGUGAACCGCUUGACCGCUAAGCUCGUGGUGGUUAACUUAGUUAAAUUACAUUUAACCAAAUUUAACCAACUGCCUGGCUUAAGUGGAAGGUGGGUGCCUGGGAUACCCAGGGGCUUCCACUGUGGCCAGCCAGCCCCUAGAUAGAAAAACUGCCCCCAUGGCUGGCAAAUCCCCGCAACCCAGCCAUGAGCCCCCAUUCCAAGCCGAAGGGACUCUCCGAGCUGACGCAGCCAGAUCGGAGAGGGAAAGAGGGGCUCAGGGCUGGGGGAAGCCCUGGCCCCGAACUACCCAAGUCCCGAGGCACCCUACAAGGACAACUAGGAAAAGAGAAAGAUACGCAAGAAAAUACCUGUCAAGUGAGAAGGCUUGCUACCCCCACGAUAGUACUGACGGGAGUGUGAAUAUAGAUCUGAUACGCAUCGCUGGACCAUCUGCCAAGUGUCUUGAUGAGGUGAUCUGGUAA